AUGCACACCUUUCUGCUGUUGGCUUUAGGCAUUGCGGCGGUAGCAGCUGCACCAGAGAAUCCUCAAAGGAUUGUUGGUGGAUCUGUGACCACAAUCGACCGGUGGCCAUUAGGCGCAGCUUUACUUUUUUCAAGGACUGGAGCUAAUCACCGCCAAUCCUGUGGUGGUAGUAUUUUGAACAACAGAUCUAUUCUUUCUGCUGCUCAUUGUUUCGUUGGUGAUGCCGCAAACCGAUGGCGCAUUCGUGUUGGAUCUACAUGGGCCAACAGCGGUGGUGUAGUCCACAAUACAAACAAUAUUAGAAUGCACCCCAGCUACAAUUCACGCACCCAGGACAAUGACAUCGCUGUUUUGCGUUCAGCAAGCACCUUCGCAUUCAAUAACAACGUUCGUGCUGGCAACAUCGCUGGUAGCAAUUACAACCUUGGUGACAAUCAAGUAGUAUGGGCUAUCGGAUGGGGCGCAACUUCUGCCGGUGGACCUGCUUCCGAGCAACUGCGUCAAGUACAAAUCUGGACUAUAAAUCAGGGUGUGUGCAGACAACGUUACGCCACAGUCGGCAGUGCUAUCACUGAUAACAUGUUGUGCUCCGGUUGGCUUGACGUUGGCGGUCGCGACCAGUGUCAGGGUGACUCUGGCGGUCCACUUCUUCACAACAACGUCAUCGUCGGUGUCUGCUCUUGGGGUCGUGGCUGCGCACAAGCAUUCUUCCCCGGUGUUAACGCCCGUGUCUCCCGUUUCACAAGCUGGAUUCAGUCGAAUGCU